CUCAACCUUACCCAUCCAACUGCAUGUGUUCAUGGAUUGUGUGGCAUGUGCAACCUGCAGCAUGAUCCACAAGCAGCUCUGUGCUGUAAAUGCCAGGGAAUCUCAGCAAGCUUCUGCUCCACUGUUGCACUCCAUGGGGAGCUCGAGCUGAAAGUUCAGGAAUUCUGUAUUCCCAGACACUUGUGCUGCGGAAGUGCAGCAGCUGUGUGAGGAGCUGAUGUUGCAAACUCUGAGCGACUGGUUUUGGUGGGAUCACCUGUGGCUUCCCCGAAAUCUAACCUGGGAUGAUCUCCAAGACAGAGAAGGCUUUGUGUAUGCAAAGAUUUCUCAUUUGUACAUCACCGUCCUCUAUGCUCUUCUCCUUAUGGUCGUUCGAUACUUCUUUGAAAGGCUCAUAGCCACACCACUUGCCAAAGUCUUGGGGGUUAAGGACCAAGUCCGGUUAAAGGCCACCUAUAAUCCUGUUUUAGAAAACUUUUUUGUUUCGAAUUCAAAACAUCCAAAUAAGUCACAGUUAGAAGGCUUGUCAAAGAAAUGCAGCUAUUCUGUACGGAUGGUGGAGAGAUGGUUUCGAAGAAGGCGAAAUCAAGACAGACCGAGCUUGAUGAAAAAAUUCCGAGAAGCUUGCUGGCGGUGUACGUUUUAUCUCCUGGCAUUUAUCGGAGGGAUCGCUGUCCUCAUUGAUAAACCGUGGUUUUAUGACACGUGGGAAGUCUGGGUGGGAUAUCCUAAACAGACAUUGUUACCGUCCCAAUAUUGGUACUAUAUCAUUGAAUUGAGUUUCUAUUUGUCACUAUUGUUCAGUAUUGCAUCGGAUGUAAAAAGAAAGGAUUUUAAGGAACAAAUAAUUCAUCAUUUGGCAACAAUCAUCCUGCUGAGUUUCUCCUGGUGUGCAAACUACAUCCGUGUGGGGACCCUCGUGAUGGUGGUGCACGACUCGUCUGACAUCCUGUUGGAGUUCGCCAAGAUGCUCAAUUAUGCCGGGUGGAAAUCCAUCUGUAACUCCCUCUUCGUUGUGUUCGCUGCUGUUUUUAUAAUUACCAGGCUUGUCAUCUUCCCUUUCUGGAUCAUCCACUGUACCUGGGUCUAUCCAGUUCACCACUACCCUCCAUUCUUUGGAUAUUAUUUUUUCAACGUCAUGCUCGUUAUCCUUCAGAUACUUCACAUUUUCUGGGCGUACCUCAUCCUGCGGAUGCUCGCAAAGUUUCUCUAUAGCAAGCUGGAUGGAGACGAUCGCAGUGACAAGGAGGAGUGUGAGGAGAGCGAUGAAGAUGAGGGCAUGAAGAAUGGCACUGGUGCCAGAGGCAGUCUGUCAGUUAACAGCCAGCACGCUCACUGAGGCUGGGAGAGCUCAGCCCUGGCCGGACAGUGUGGACAUGUUCAGAACUGGGAGUGGCACCUGUGGAGCAGUCUUUGGCAAUAAGUCUCACACUGUCAGUGGACCUAAGGGAAAGCAAGUGUUACCUUCUGUCAUUUUUGAGGACCACCAGCUUCGGAGCUACACGAGAAGCUGCUCUGAGUGGAAAAUCUACAAGUAUUUACCUUUAAUACCAGGGUCAAGGACCAAUGUUGGCAGGCAGAAUCCACUAGCACCUGCCUGUUGGCAAGGUGUAACUCACAGGGAAUUGUGAGCCAGGCUUUCUAAGAGUUGAACCCAUUCACAAAAUUGGCCCUUCUAUCCAAUUUCUUUCUGUUCUAUAUGAAAUAGAGUAAUAACGCACAGAAACAAGCCCUUCGGCCCACUGAAUCCAUACCGACCAUCUGCACUACCGACCCAUUUACACUAAUCCUACACUAAUUCUAUUUUAUUCUGCCAACAAUCCCUUCAACCUCCACCAUGCUCCCACCCCCUGAUUCACUAACAUUGUGCUCAUCAGAUGCUCAAGACAUUUUACAGUAUUCUAGAGUAAUUCACGUCCUAUUCAUUCACCUCCCAACACACCCAGAGACCAUGGCCUCUCGCACUUGUAACCUACCAAUAGAGGAUAAUGAGUUUGCCAGCUUUUUAAAAAGUGAUUAGUCCUUUCUUAUUGUAAGUCAUUACUUGUACCAGUAACCACCCCUCUUCCAGUCUCUAAGCUUUACAGCAAGUGGACUGUGAGAAUAAGCCCAUCAAUUUUCAUCCACUCAUUGUAGUCUUAGAAAUGGCCUUGUUGUGCAAUAUUUAUGCUGACAUUUCAAACAGGAGCUGGGUUCUGAGUCAAAUAACAAUGCCAAGUAUAAAAAUAUUAAAUACUUCUCACCUCUUAAGGUAGCAUUUCUGAAUCAAGACUUGCAUUUAUGUAGCACCUUUCACAACCUCAGGGCAUCCCAAAGAGUGUUACAGUCAAUGCAGUAUUCUAAAAUAUACUUGCUGUUGUAACCUAGGAAAAUACGCACAGCGAUAUGUGCCUGGCAUUCUGUAUUUGUUGGUUGGAAGAGGAAUGUUCCCAAGGGCUUCAUAAUUAGAUAGUAUAAUUAAUCUAUUAAACACAAAUAAUUCCUCAGGAAAUUGGAGCUUUGGCUCAUUAAGCCGAUGAACCUGUUAUGGAGAUGUUAAUUUGCGAUUUAAAGCUCAUUUAGAUACUCUCCAGUAUUAUAGCAAUCACUGUAUUUCAAAAUUACUUCUCUGAUUAUAGACUGUUUUAAGAAGAAAAGGAGGAGGGGAGCAUUCAGCUCCUCACCCCUGCGCCACCAUUCGAUAGAUCAUGACUGAUUUUUUACCUCAGUGCCACCUUUCUCCACUAACACCAUGUCCUUUGCUUUCCUUACUAUAUGUACAUAAAUUUAUUGAUCUUUUUCUUGAGUAUACUCAGCAACUGAGCUUCCACAGCUCCCCAAGGAGAAUUCCAAAAGUUCACUACCCUCUAGGUGAAGAAAUUUCUUCUCAUCUCAGUCCUGAAUGAUUGAACUCUUAUUAUGAGACUGUGACCUGGGGUUCUGCAUUUCCCAGUCAAGUGAAACCUCAUCUCUGCUUCUACCACGUAAAACCCUGUAAGAAUUACAUACGUUUUAAUGAGAUCACCUCUCAUUCUUCUAAAAGGCUACCCUGCUUACUCUUUCCUCAUAGGACAAUGCCCAUCCCAGGAAUCAAUCUGGUGGGCCUCCAUUUCUCUCCCUCUAUUACAAAUACAUCCUUCCUUGGACAGGAAGACCAAAACUGUAAACUGUAUUCCACAUGUGGUCUCACCAGGAGUUGAGAUAAUUGCAAUAAAAUAUCAUUAUUCUUGUCCUCUAAUCCUCUUGCAAUGAAGGCCAACACAUUGUUUGCCUUCCUGAUUGCUGUAUCUGCAAGCUAAUUUUUGGUGAUGUGUUCCAGGACACAGAGGCCCUUCUGAACAUCAACACCUUGCAAACUCUCACCGCAGAAAGAAAAGCCUGCCUUUCUAUUUUACCCAUCAAGUGGAUGACCUCUUUUUUUCCCCACAUUAUAUUUGAUCUGUCAUGCCCUCACCUCUUCACUUAACCUGUCUAUAUUCUCCUGUAGCCCUUCUGCCAACCCACGCUGCCAUCCAGCUUAAUAUCAUAGCAAACUUGGAUAUAUUACUCUUGAUCCCCUCACCAAAUUAUUGCUGUAGAUUGUGAAGAACCAGGAACCCAGUGGCACACCACUAGUCAUAGCCUCCCAACUCAAAUGACCCCUUUCAUCCUACUUUCUACUUCUUGUGCAUUAACCAACCCUUAACCCAAGUCAGUUUCCUCCCCCAAUCCCAUAUGCUCUAAUUUUGUUCAGUAAUCUUUUGUUGGGUACAGUAUUGACCAUCUUCUGAAAAUCCAAAUAAACCACAUGCAUUAAUUUCCCCUCUUCUAUGUUGCUAGCCACAGCUUCAAAAAAGCUCGGGAUUUGUCAAAGUCCAUAUCGAUUCUACUAGGGGCCACGUUACCACUUCUGUAGUAAUUGAUACCAGUAUUUGCCCUACUACUGAUGUCAGGGAAACAAGUUUGUAUUUCCCUGUUUGGUCUCCCUCCUUUCUUAAAUUAGUUCAUAUUUGCUACUUCCAAACUGACAGACACUGGCUAUUGUUACCCUUCUUGCAUUAUCAUAUUUGACUUUUGCCUUAACUUUCUAAAUUUCCCCUCACCAGAAACUCCUUCCCACUCCAUCCUCCAUCGCCCUAUUACUUUGUUUCAAGCCACUUCAACAGCUCUAACUAGAUUUGCCAACCAGAUUCAAGUGAAGUCCGCUCCAAUGGAACAGAUCCCUCUUUCUCCAGUACAGUGUCAGUGUCCAAUCAAUUCAAAUCCAGUUGACCGAUCUCAAUCUUUAAGAUGCACAUUCAACCCUCUGAUUUUAUUUGCCUUAUGCAAAUUAGGACAUGAUAUAGGUAGUAAUCCAGAUAUUAGCAUCUUUGUAGUUAUAUAUUUUAAUUUGGAUUCUAGCUGUCGCUCCUUCAGCAGAACUUCCUCCUUUAUCCCAUCAAUGCCAAUAUCGAUGACAACAACUUCCUGGGCAAACUGAGGAGCAAUCCUUAUCCCUGGCACCAGCCAGGCAGCACAGCCUCUGGGACUCACACUUGUGGCUGUAGAGAGUGGUAUCCUUUCCCCUCACUACCACCCCCAUCACAACUACAAUUCUUCUCACUCCCCCAAUAUGAAAAGCCCCGUGUAACACAGUGCUCUGGUCAGUUUGCUUAUCCUCCCUGCGUUCCCUGUUUUUGUCCACAGAGAUCGCAUGAACCUCAUAUCUGUCAGAAUUUUGCAAGCUCUUCCAAUUCUGCCUUCUGAAUCCUCAUGCCUACAUCACUUGUAGUCACACCCUUCUGAGCCUCUUGACUGACCAAUUCUGUAGACACAAUCUAACGAGUGUGACUGCCUCCUCGAACAAAGUGCCCAGGUCACCCUCUCUCCCUCCACUCUGAUGUAGUUGUUGUCCCCAAAUCUCACUCUAGCUCAUCAACUAGUUUGUCGAGCUGCAGACACGGUUGCCAGCACAGUCCUUUCUGUCACCUCCCACAAUACAUCACCUGCUGUGCCAUACCUGUAUAAAUUUAAUUAACCUUCCUCUAAUUCUUUAGGUACAAGUUAUGUCAUUACCUUUAGCUCACUGAAGUCUCUCUUUCAUCAAAAUCAUUUGUAGACUCUGCUAAAUCAGUGCUAAAAAACUUAGCAGAACCCACAGAGUUUUUGGGAUUUCCUAAAGUACCAUUUUAAAUGUCAAACCCGCAUUCCCUUGCUGAGGAUAUAAAGUGCUGUCAGGCUUGAGAUGAGGCUCGUUUAGAACAACCCACAGAGGGAGCAGAAAAAAACAAUGUUUCACACACAGACUCAAUAUCUAGUUCCAAUUGUAUGAAACUGGGAUUAUUUACUAAACCAGUUGAGUGAUUCCCAGUAGCUGCGCUAGUCAGUGUGUGGUGACUGGUGAUCUGUUGAUUAUCAGACAGUGCUGCCAUGUGAAAUACUUCUGCCACAUUUUAUUCCUUUGAGUAAUCCCAUUUUAUUUAUCAUGGCUGUCGUUACAUCUGAUCUCAGUGUUGCCCUGCAUCAACCAACAGUACUGACACCUGUAGGAAGACGUCUCUAUGUCCACAUCCUGACCCGGAAUCUCAGCAGAGCCCAGUCUCCCAAAAUCCAAGCCAAACAAUUCUGUACUUUUAUCAUUUUUCAAACCUAAAACUUGGUUACAAUGAAAUUCUGAGCAGCAUUCAGUCAGGAAUAAUCCAGGCGGAUUGUUAAUUGUUCUGGUGGCUGUUCUGUGUAAAUCCUUAGAUGAAGGGUCAUUGAUCUGAAAUGCUGACUCUGUUUCUCGGUAUAUAGACACUUACUGACCUGCUGAGCAGUUCCAGCAUUCUCUGUUUUGACUCCUCAGACACAUUUCUUCUGAUUUCUUGAGGGUCUUUACACCGUUUCAGUAGGACAGCUCCUGCAUACAGCUGCUGUGUCUGCACUGCUGAGUGUCAAGGCAUAGUAUCUGGUUAACACUAGGAUUAGAGACAUUGCUGCUUCAAUUGGUUAAUUACCAUUACCAGGAAUUCUGCUCUGGCAUCUGACUCAGAAUCCCUAAUAUAAACACAUUAACAAUUAUGGGCAGCAUUUAUAUGAUCGAACAAGGCAUCAAAUAUUUAUUUAAAAAAGACAUUUGGAAGCCAUAAUGGAGUAGAAAAUAUGAGCUAUCAAGUUGCAACUGAGAGACUGGGAUUUGACAGGAAGAGAUGCUUUGAACAGCUAUCCUUCAUUCUGUCACCUCUCAGUUUCAACCCACAGCACUGCUAUUCCAACUCUUAAGUCUGAUCUCACCUGUUCCCAGUAGCAACAGUAUGCAUGAUUUGAGCUGUCACACAGUGAGCCAAUGAGUUCAACAGUUGAAUGAUGGCCGUGUUGACUGGUCUGAUCUGAGCCUUGUCCAUCAUAUGCAGUUAGAGGAUAGCCAAGCUGUGGCUGGAUAAGGAAUGAAGUUCUGACCAGUGGCUUUUCCAACAGCCAUUGCCCCCACUUCUGGCAUGGAGGACUGUGAGGGAAUUUAAAUUGUCCGAGUUUUGGAGGACCAUUCGUAAUAUUACGCAGUGAGAGCUUCUAUAUCUCAUCCUUUGUUAGAUGAUUACUUGGGGACUGUGCCCCUACUUGGUUCCCCCUUGUACAUGUUCCAUCAGGCAUGUACUCUGGGUGAGUGAAGCCCUUGUAUUACCUAUUGGGUUAACCCAUUAUACAGUAAAACACCACUGCCUAAUAUUUUCAUAUUUUGCUGACUCUGCACUUUUUUUGCAUUACCUUGUCAUACUGUAAAUGUUCAGUUAAAUAUGUGCUCUCAUGCAUUAAGGUCAGUUGAGAAUAUUCUGUGUAUAGGAAUGUGAGAACUAAAAUGACUGUUGUUAUGAAUCUUGUUUACAAUAAAAACAUUUGAUUGUUGAAAAGUA